AUCAGUGGCACUGCGGUUGCUGUUCAGUUCUUAAAGACCGCUAAAGUCCCCGGUCUGGGAUCCACCCCGACUUUCCCUGGAGUUUCACCAAACGACUGUUCCUGUCUUUCGCUUGCCUGCUCAAGCCCUCCAAUGGUCGACUCAGAUCUCAAAGUCGCGCCCGUCAUGGCGACCGAGAAACCAACCACGCCGCCGCAGCUCGCGGCCGAUGAGCCCGUGCCGGACUUACAACGCCCGCCGGGAUGGAUGUACAAGGAGAUCAAGCUGGGUCGGUGGUCUGCAGGCUGGUAUGCGUCGCCUCACAUUCAAUUGGGCAUGGUCGCCUUUGUUUGUUUCCUGUGUCCCGGCAUGUUUAAUGCGCUGAGCGGGUUGGGAGGUGGUGGAAAGACCGACGCACACUUGGCCGACAACAUGAACAUCGCCCUGAACAGUACAUUCGCCGUCGUAGGUUUCUUCGCCGGUACGUUUGUCAACCGCAUGGGGAUUCGCCUGGCGCUGUCCUUGGGUGGCAUUGGGUAUACGAUCUACACCAUCAGUCUGCUGGUCUCGGAGCAUGCAAACGUCUCCGGGUUCAACAUCUUCGCGGGCGCUCUUCUCGGUGUCUGCGCCGGUUUACUGUGGGCAGCCCAGGGCGCCAUCAUGAUGUCCUACCCCCACGAAGAACAAAAGGGUCGGUAUUUCGCGUGGUUCUGGGCGAUUUUCAAUAUUGGCGGCUGCUUGGGUAGUUUGAUCCCCCUUGGCGAAAACAUCCACGUCAAAGCAAACGUCACCGUCAGCGACGGCACCUACAUCGGCUUUCUCGUGCUCAUGUUCGCCGGCGCCGUUCUCGCCCUCUUCCUAUGCGACGCGGACAAGAUCGUCCGACGGGACGGGUCUCGCGUCAUCCUCAAGAACAACCCCAGCUGGAAGACCGAGAUCAUCGGCCUGUGGACCACCGUCCGCUCCGAGCCGUACAUCGUCCUGCUGUUCCCCAUGUUCUGGACCUCCAACUGGUUCUACACCUACCAGCAGAACGCCAUCAAUGGCGCGCACUUCGGCACGCGCACCAAGGCGCUCAACGGAUUCUUGUAUUGGUUUGCGCAGAUCAUCGCCGCCGUUAUUAUCGGUCCGCUGUUUGACCUCCCGCAAUUCCGUCGCAGUGUGCGCGCCAAGUAUGCCUUUGGACUCGUGUUCGCUUUGACGAUGAUCGUCUGGGGCGGCGGCUACGAGUGGCAGAGGAAAUACACGCGCGAAACCGUCGCGUCCAAGGAUUUCGAGCCCACCGAUUGGACGACCCCGGGCUAUGUUGGCCCCAUGUUCCUGUACAUGUUCUACGGCGGGUACGACGCCGUCUGGCAAGGCUACGUUUACUGGCUAAUGGGCGCCCUCGGCAACUCCGGCCGCAAACUCGCCAACCUCGCCGGGUUCUACAAGGGCCUGCAAUCGGCCGGCGCAGCCGUCAUGUGGAGUCUCGACCGCGACAAGAUGCCGUUCAUGAACGAGUUCAUCUCGAACUGGGUGCUGCUGUGCGGGUCGCUGAUUGUCGCUGCCCCUGUGGUGUUCUUCAAGAUCAAGGAUCAUGUUAGCGUAGAGGAGGACUUGAAGGAUACCGAUGGUACUAUUGAGGAUGUUCUGCCCGAUGGACAUCCGGAGAAGGUACGGGCUGGGGAUCAUAAUAUCUAGGCCGGGCGUUGGGAUAGAUGAUAUAUGCUUCGCAUGUUAGUUAACGAGUGGGUUGAUAUUUAGUAAUAUUUAGGAUUGGGUUGGAUAUAUGCAUUGUUAUUGGCAUUAUUGUUACUGGAAGAUAAUAAAUUUAGUUUAUGAGUG